AUGCAAGACUUAGAAAGUGAGAGCAGUGAUGAUGACAUGCCAUUGAUGGAGCGUUUAAGCCAGUCUUUAAGGAGUCAUGGGGAAUUGAGCUCAUUUGUAAAUAAAAGAAAGGCACCAGAGCAGGCCAAGGAGUCCACGCCUCAAGGAGACAAAAUGCAAGUUGAUCAUUUGAUUAGGCGCCAUUCAUUGAAAGGGCAAAGAAGGACUCAUGCAAGUGUGAGUAGCUCGAGGGAAGCUAUUUUAGGUGCGUCGGCUUACAAAAGUUUAUUUACCAUGCCUGAACACUCACGUCCAAGAAGGAAAGAAGCUUUAGAAACAUCUGUAAUUAAAGUGGCUGAGUGGCUCUCUGCAAAUAAUAUGUCCUCAACUUCAGGUGCACACAACAGUGAUAGUGAUGAAGGUACCAUUGAUGUAGACGGUGAGAUUGCAGGUGAGAAAGACUGUCAUUUGACCCUUUACACCAUAGCAGUAGUAUUCAUACUCUUCAUACUUUGCUCUAUAAAUUUCCUUUGGUACUGACAAAGGAGAAUUUACUUCAAAAUUAAAGCUUCUAAGGUUGGCAAUGGUUUCCUUUAUUCUUAUCAUCUUGAGGAAUGAUUCUGCAGUCAUACUGUAAGGACAAAAGUACAUUGUAACCCAGGUAAUUUAGUGUUAACAACUGAAAACGUAAAUUAGCCACCGUAAAAGAUAAAAAGCUGACGUUUCGAGCGUUAUCCCUUCGUCAGAGCGAUUGGAGGAAUUGUGUGUUGUGUGUGGGUUUAUAUGUAGAAAGUGGAGCUGCACCAUUGGUGGGAAUAUGGUGACGAGAAAACAGGAUAAAUUAGUUGAAUGAAAAGCGCUCGUUGAUUCCGUGGGGAGUAAGGGUGCCAAUUUGGAAGAUGAAUUUUUGUUCUAGUGUUUUACGGCUUUUUCGAACCGCCUAGAUGUAAGGAAAGGCUGCAGACUGCCAUAUGCUGUUUAGAAUGAUUAGGAAGAUUAAAGUGUCUAGCGACUGGUUUGGAUGCAUCCUUGUCAUUUCUUUCCACGUCGCGAGGUGUUCUCGGAAUCGGUCACCUAGUCGUCUUCCUGUUUCGCCGAUGUAUAACUUAUUGCAAUAAGUGCAAGUUGUGCAGUAAAUAACAUUGGCGGAGGUACACGUUAAGUGAUCAGUGAUCUUAAUGGAUCUCUUGGGUCCCGAUAUUUUCUCUACGUUAUGAAUGAAAGAACAAAUUUUGCAUCGUGAGCGAGCGCAUUUGAAAGUUCCAGAUUGGUCAUUGGUUUGAAAUGAAAAAAAAAAUGAAAAACUAAAAAUUUGCCUACGUUUUUGUCACAUUUGAAUGAAAUAAGUAGGGGUUGCGAAAAGAUAGUGCCAGUCUCUAAAUCGUUUUGGAGUAAUUUAAAAUUUUUAAAAAUGAUAGAUUUAACUGCUUGGUUGUGAGGGUGAAAUGUAAAAGUAAACGGAAUGUGGUCAGUGUUUUCCUUCUCAGCCGUUUGUAGUGCUGACUGUCGAUCAAUUUGUUGGGCAUGGUGGUGGCCCGCUUGAACGACAGAAACAGGAUAGCCACGUUUAUCGAAAAACUGGCACAUUGCCUCUGAUUUUUCGGAAAAAUCAGAGUCGUCACUACAUAAACGACGAAGUCUGAGAAACUCUGAAAAAGGAUGGAGUUUUUGAUGUGUGAUGGAUGUGAAGAUGAAUACAACAAGUAACUAUGUGAAUCUGUAGGUUUGUAGUACACACUAGUGCAUAAAACCGUUGCCUUCAAUUGAAAUUUUGAUGUCUAGAAAAGCCAAAGAAGUGUCGGAAAUUUCCCAGGUAUAUUUAAGAGCAGGAUGAAAGGAAUUGACGGCAGUUCUAAGCUCCUCUUUGGUAGAGGAGGUAGCGCCGAUGCAAUCGUCAAUGUAACGGCCGUAGAGUUCAGGUUUUAGGCCGUGGUGUUGACUAAAAAAUUGAUGUUCGAUAAAACCUUCAAAAAGAUUGGCGUAGCUGGGUCCCAUUUUAGUAUCCAGUUGUUAACACUAAAUUACCUGCUAUACUCUCCCACCGACGCAGCACCGCAGUUUCUUUAGAAACUUACCCCUUUAUACAUUGUAACCCUUUCUCUUUCAAGAUGUCAUUAGUAACUCUCCUUACCUGUCUGUUAUAUGAUUAUUAUGAUGUUACUUGGGAGAAUUUAGUUUUGGAUCAACUAAUAAUCCCCUAAUUGAUAUUUUCCCUAUUCUCAUCAAUUGUGUACUUGUACUCUAUAGAUAUUGUGUGGAGAAAUUCUUUUUUGGUCACUCAUUAUAAAAUGAAUUUUUGGUUAAUUUGGAAGAGAUUGCGGAAGGUUUGCUGUCAAUCCUCUUCUUCUUCUUCUUCUUCUUUAAAACCGAAACCAAAGUUUAUAUAACAGCCAAUCAGAGGAAAGAAAAUACCCUGAAGAGCCAAUGAGAACUCAAAGUAAAAAACAACCAAAAUACCUAAAGCGCGGGAAAACGCGGGCUACCAAGUCGUGAUUGGGUUUUUUUUUUUUUUUCGCAACUUAUCGGUUGAGAAAGAGGCGCGAGUUUUCAGAAACAAUCAGAGAGCAAAGUAAAGCAAAACCAAUGCGAUCCCGGAUCACUUUCGACACUCAAUUGAAAGUUGCUCAAUGUUCUAGGAUGAAUUAUCUGAUCCGACCUUACACUUGUUCCAGAAUUGACAAUAAUUAUGGGAAGUGUUUUUUUUUUUACCAAUCGGAUGUGUCUUCUGUGUGUUAAAGGUGGUUCUGAUGUUUCAGAGGAGAAAAGAGCCGACGAAGAACCAGACACAGCGGCCAUGAAGACAGAUGACGGUGAGGAUCUGGAUAAUGAUGAUGACGAUGAGGACGUAAGCUCUCUUAAUGAAGUUGAAGACAAUGGGAGCAGUGGUUGCCGCAUGGAGGAAGUUUACAGCAAGGAAAAAGCCCCUACCGAGAAAAUGGGGCGCUAUCUUCGGAAAGAUGUUGAGUUGAAAACCUUUCAAGUUAAAAUCUAUAAGCUGCCUGUUUCUGUGGGCAAUGGAAGGCCAAGAGUCGUUGAUGGGCUACAAAGUCCUAUAAACAGGACGUCUCAGAGUGAAAAUGAAACCGCUCAGCCGGAUGAGGAAGAAGGUAAGUAACUACUGGUGUCUGAUGAUUCGGAACUUCGGAUUUCCGAUGGAAAUUGCAAAUUAUCUCUUAAGCACGAUAACAGUGAUAAAAGUUGUUGAGCUCCAAUAUUUCCGUUAAUUUGUGUAUAUACACGUACAUAACUUUUGUUUUGGUAGAAAACGACACAAGUUCACCACUAUAUUUAACGCCAAUAAAGAAUUUGCCAGAAGGCCAGAUAGUGUGGUUGAAAGAAAAGAACGCAGUCACUAAAACUACAGAGGAACAAGCGAAGAAAGAAGAAGGAAACAAAGAUGUAUUGGAAGUUAAUUUUGUAGGUAAUGAAACAGUGAUUCAACAGCCCAAAAGAUCAAUGUCAAAAGAUGUGGAACUGGAAAUUGUCACACAGGAUGUUGAUGAAAACCAGUCUGAACACAAGGAAGAAAGAAACACGGUAAAAAAGAGAGGGGAAGAAGAUGAAGAUGACUUUCAGUGGAAUGUUUGUCGAGAGAGUAGUAGUGAUGGAGCUGUAGCUUCAAAUGUAAUGGUUGACGAAAAUGUGGAUCAGGAACAAGUUAUAGAAGAUUCCACUGAAAAGGAAGGCGACAAGAAUGAAGAACAGGCCGGAUUGAAAAGGUAUGACAAUCAAUUGACGAAUAUGAUCAAUGGAGAGCGUGUAAACAGACACAUGGUAGGCUCCAAACACAUGCCCGAUGGAGUGGAAGACCAAAAUGUGGAAAAUGGAUUCGUUACUCAAAAUUUAAGUGAAAAGGAAUGUUAUAGAGAAUGUGACGAAAUGAGCGUGGAAAAUGUAGAACUUGAGGUUGACCCACAGAACCUUGUUGAACAGACGUCGAAUGUUAAACAUGGGAAAAGUAGAGAUGAAAAUAAGAAUUUCUCUGAUGAAACAGCUAUGAAAUCGUGUGAAGUAUGCCAUGAAGUAGUCUCGCGUAACGAAUUGGGAGAAGAAAAAGUAGAACUUGGAGUUGUUCCACUGAACUCUGUUGAAAAUAAGGAAAGAGGAAGUGAAGGAUGUGAAGAUAUGUUAAUUGAAGACGUCAAUUCGUUUGUCAGCCAUGAAACAGCUUGGGAGUGUACUAAACUUGGAUUGGAAAAUGAAAGAGAACGGAAAAUCCUGGAAAUUAAUGACGAUACAUUAGUGAAAAAUGUCGCUCGAGACGGUGUGGAUGGUGACAAUAUGGUAUCGAAUAAAACGGUAGUAGAAGAAGUGGAAACAAUAGAUUCAAAUGAAAAUAUAAGAGAAAACGAAACAAAAAGAAACGAAGGUGUACCAGUAAAUAUUGUUACUCGAGGUUUAAGUGAUUUGGCACUGAUAUCAAGAAAUGUAGCUAAAGAAAACGGGGAAGAAGAACUUUCAGCAAAAAAGAUGAGCGAUAAGAACGAGGGAAAACUGGAAAUUAAUGACGAUCGAUUGGUAAUAAAUGUUCAUCAAGAAUGUGUGGGCGACGAAGGAAACGACUCUGAGAAUACCUUCGUGGAGGAAACUGUACGACUUGAAGAGCUCGCAAAGAAACCAAAUGUAAGGAAAAUCAAGCACAAAAAGAAUGAAUGUGAGUUAGUGAAAAAUGCUGCUAGAAAAUGCGUCGAUGAUGAUGCAUCAGUGGCAGCUGAAACAGUCGAAGGAGACGUGGAGUGUGCUUUGGUCACACAGGAUUCUAUUGCAAGUAGCAAACCAAGAAAAAGAAAGAGGAAAAGAUUAGAAUUGAAUGAGGAGGGGCCCGUGGAAAACUUUGUUGAACAGUGUGUAAGUAAUCGAGACAUGGUUUCAACGAAAGCAGAGACAAUUGAUGGAGAACUUGACGUUACACUGGAGUCUGGAGGAGAAAAAUCCGAAGACGUCUUAAUAAGUGCAAAUGGGUCGGUAAAGAAAACAAAGCACAAAAAGAAGCGGAAAGAAAGUAAUGGAUGCGAAGUAGCGAAAAAUGCUGUUAGAAAAUGCGUUGAUGAUGAUGUAUCAGUGGCAGGCGAGACAGUCGAAGGAGACAUGGAGCGUGCUUUGGUCACACAGGAUUCUAUUGCAAAUAGCAAACCAAGAAAAAGAAAGAGGAAAAGAGUAGAAUUGAAUGAGGAGGGGCCCGUGGAAAACUCUGUUGAACAGUGUGUAAGUGAUCGAGACAUGGUUUCAACGAAAGCAGAGACAAUUGAUGGAGAACUUGAUGUUACACAGGAGUCUGGAGGAGAGAAAUCCAAAGAUGUCUUAGUACGUGUAAAUGGGUUAGUAAAUGCAAUUGAUGUAACAACAGCGUUCACGAAUUCGAUGUCAAAAAAUAUGGAACUUGAAUUUGAGCAACAGCAACGUAAUGAAAAGAAAUCUAAACGCAAGAAGAAAAAGAAGAACGAAAACGAGAGAGUGAAUGAAGAUGGAGGCGAGUUUGUGAAAAAUGGUCAUCGAACCAGUUUUGAUAAUGGUUCAAUAGCGUCAAAGGGAGUGGCGGAGGGAACUAUGGCUCAUGAACAAGUUACACAAGAAUCGACUGGAAACAAAGUCGACAGGAAUGAAAACCAGGCAAGAUUGCAGGGAGGUGACGAUAUUUUGGAGAAUAAAGUUAGACGAGAGUCCGUGAGUGUUAAAAUGAAAGUCACAGAGAACAUUUUGAACGCUAGUGCAGAAGACGGGAAUUUGGAACUUGAAUUUGUCACACAAAAGCCUAGUGAAGAGAGAUCGAAACGGAAAAAAAGGAGAUCAAAGAGUAAAGAAGACAUAUCGGUAAAGGGUGAUAUUAAAGAGGAUUCGAGUGAAAAAGUCUCGGUUUCAAGGAAAAUGAUAAAAGAAAUUGUGACACAUGACAUUACCAAGGAGACUUACAUUGAUGAUGGAUUUGAAUUGAAUGGGAAAACUGAGGAAGAACAGAGAUCCAGUUCGGUAAAUGUCUUUAAAACCCCCAAAUCGUCAGCGGUGGAUAGAGAUGAUUGUUGUGAAGAUGAAAGAGAAGCGAAAGACAAAAAAAGGAAAGAUAGGAAAAGGAAACGUUCUCACGGUAAUGAUGGAGAAGGAAAUCAUUUAGAUCACUUAGAAAAAAAGAAAACAAGGAAAACCGAAGAAAAGAGGAGAAGUAGAGAAAAGAAAGGGAAAAUAGAGACUGAAAGGAUACCUGCACUUUUAAAUCUUGAAAAAGCUGAAUCGCUAGAUGACAGUGGCUACAGUGAACACUCACCUACUGUGAUAAAACAGAGUCAUCCACGUUUGGCAGCAGAAGGCGAAUCGGUGACGGAAUCUACUGUAUCCAAAAUCAAGAAAGAAAAAAUCAGCGUUGAGGCUCCAGCUGAUCAAGGUGAGUUGGUGCAGUGAAUAAAACUCUUAGUGGACGUGAAUUUUACACUUUUGCUCGACAAUACACGACAUGGUUUGUGUCUUUUCUCGAAGGAGAAACUCUUCAUGAUUCAAUCGUGAAUGGUUUCACCCGGGGGUUUAAAUAAAAGAUAGUUACCAACGGUCUACCUCUGCCUAAAAUACAUCUUACCGCAGUACAGCCGCUCAUUACACCAUCGGCAGCCGCUUAUGGACAAAGUUAUUGAAACCUCUGUUUACCAGGGCUCUCUCCCCUCUCAUUUGCUCUGCAGCAAGGAUACAUUUUUUUUCGGACACGAAAAGGAUGUAAACGAGUAAAUAGUUGUGAAACUUUGCAAUGUUCAAUUAGAUGUUUUAUUCUUGUUUAACAGGUCAUGGAAAGAAAAAAUCCAAGGCGUUGUUUUCUCUUUUGGACCUAGCAUUAGAUGGUGAGUAUCAGCCAGUAGAUAACUUCAUCACUCAUUGUUACAUACGAUGUCGGUCACCACAGUACUUUGAUGAUAUAAGUAAUAGCCCAUCUUGGCGCCAUAGAAAUUAUAUUUUCUGGUGGAGAACUGUAUCUGUGCUAAGGGACCUUUCAUCAUUUAUCGUCGGGGGCGGGUGGGUGGUGGAAGAUUUUUAGGAAAAUCACAUGGUUUUCAAGGGGGACGGAAAGGGGGGAGAUCAGUCCUCGCUAAUAGAGUUUAAAGAGGAAAUUUUGUAGAAAAUUGACUGAUAAUGAGGAGGAGGAUCAGGUAUUGAGGAGGGGUUUCAUGUUUUCAUGUUUUUAUCUUCCAAUAUUUCUGAAGUGACUUGGCCCAGUUGUCCUCUUUCAGCUUCGCACAUCCUCGAUGUUUUAUGGUAGAACUCUAUUAACAAGUGAAUUUCUCUCCUGUUAUUUUAGCUGAAAAAUACUUUCCUACCUUUGAUUAAGUUAAUUCUGAACGCAGACUUUUAUAGAUCAGGACUAAGGGUUUUUUGUUGGGCAUUAUCACCAAAGAGAUAUCUCCUAAAGAUAUCCAUUCACCUAGCGGGCUUGGACUGUCCGCGGGAGAAUGUUGAUAAUUUAUGGAUUCAAAUAUUUAUUUAUAUAAAUGGUCGUACCGCAUUCCACAGAUACUGCGGGCCCGAAGUACCCAAGCACCCCGUCCAACCGUCAAACGCCUGUGAGUGAGGGAAGAUCAUCAAGCCAAAUAAGAAGACACUUUCGAGAUAAGCCUAAAGGAUUUACGCGUGUAGUUCAAAAUCGGAAAAUUUCUACACCGAUUAGGACACCAUCGGCUAUGGCGCGCAGACCGCGGACCGAACCCAAAAAGAAUUUUAACCGAGAAAAAGUAAAGAGCCUGGUACCCAGUAACGUCAGUUUUGAUCAAGCCUUGGAGGAUUACUUGUGGGAAACGUGACAAGAUUGUGCUUCUUGGUUCACGAAACCCAUCGGUUGGCGCAAUCUUUAUGGUGUAGGUGUCUUAUUUAUUUUUGGACUUCGUGGUAGAUAAGCACCCAAAUAACCCGAGCAACUUAAUUCGUUGAAGAGAAUAUUUCAAAAUUUCCUUUUCAGCUUAUCUGCUUUUCAUAGCUGAUACAAGAUGUUCCAGUGCAUAAUCCGAAGAUCCAUAAUCCAUGUGUAUAUAAGUGUCUAAAGAUUUAAAUAUUGUCAGAAAGUCUUGAGAUUCCUGCGAGAAUACGUCUCACACCCCAUUCACACCUAAGCUGAAUCAUGUUUUUUUUUCCAAUAUGUAGUUUUAAAUUACUUUCCUCAUAGAAGCUGCUGAAACCGAUGUUUUUCGACCUCAAAUUCAACACGUUGAAAAUAA